AUGCCAGCAUAUAUCGAUCAAUCUCUUGAACCAUUCCAUAAACAAAUUCAUAUAGGAAAUUUACCUAAUGAUGUCAAUUCUAAACAAAUUACUGAUAUUUUUGAUCAGUUUGGUAUUAUUAUCAAAUUAUAUUUAAAACAUCGUAUGUCAAAAAAUUCACCUACUUUAUUACCUAGUCCAUUUGCAAUUUUAAUAUUUGAAAAUCGAGAAAUUGUUGAUAAAAUUAUGGCUAAACGUCCAUUUUUUAUAAAUGAUUAUCAACUUUUUGUACGUCGUUGUUUGCCAAUUACACGACGUUAUCCAUAUGAAGGACAUACAACUACAAAUAAAAUGCUUGUACGUAUUCCUCGAGAAAAUCAUAAUGAAAUAUUACCGAAUAAUAAUAUAAUUACUGAAUAUUUAAAAUCAACUGGUGGUCAAAUUAUACGUUUAGAAAAAUUAGAUGAAAAAGCAAGUUUAGUUGAAUUUGAAGAUUAUGAUUCAGUUGAUAUAUGUUGUUUAUCUCGUCCACAUUUUAUUAAUAAUCAAAUGAUUGAAAUAGAAAAAUGUGCUGAUGAGCAACAAGCUCGACGUCGAAUUCAAUAUCGAUUAAAAUCACGUGGAAUAUUUAAAAUCUCUCCGCCACAAUCAACUACUAUUAUAUCACCAACAUUAACUUUGAAUAAUAAUGAACAAGUUGCUCAACUUCAAUUAAUAUAUCGUGAUACGACUAAUCGUUUUGAAAAUGAACAUGAACAACUUAUUUCAUCACUUCAAACUGAAUGGGAACAGAUAGCAAAAAAACGUAUUCGUUUACAACGUUUAACACUUGAUUAUCAACAAAAACAACAACGACUUAAAGAAGAAAAUCGACAGUUGAAAAAAUUAUAUAAUGAAAGUUUACAAGAAAUAUAUCGUAUGCAAAAUCAACGUGAAUAG